AUGGCGGUAAAUUCUCUCCCAAUACAUCCAUAUUUUCAAGUCGUGGCGGUUAUAUUUUCGAAGUUGAAGAUGUCAGACUAUGAGAUGCAAAGGUUAAAACAAAUGGCUGAAAAUCAAAGAAGAAUGGAAGAGAUAAAAACUCUUGCUUAUGAGGUUUCAAGAAAGCACCAGAAACGGAGGGAGAUAAACAAAGUUAUUUCUAAGGAUGAUGUAGCAAAUGAUGAUGAAUAUAUCCCUGAUGAAGAGGAACGCGAACCAGGAAAGUCAAGUAACGAGAAUGGUGUAGGUUGUAUUGGAGUAAUUAUAGUUGAAGAAAAUGAAGCUUAUGAAAGCUUACAUGAAUAUGUUGUUGAAGGAGAAGAUGAUAUGAAUCCAAAAGAAAUCGAAGAUGAUGCAAAACGAACAAGGGGGCCAAGUUUGGGCAAAGAUAUCCGCGAGCGCACUAUUGAAAAUCGUUUGCCUGUCAUUUUGAAUGAAUCGUGUAAACCAAUUGGACCAGAUAAGGCAACUUUAGAU